CAAGAGACAAAAGCCAGUUAUAUUCUCAAACUACAAGGUUGAGAAGUAUCCCUACUGCAAUGCCUUGAUGUCUGAUAUAAGCAUAUCGGCUUCAGCAGCACCCACUCUUCUUCCACCCUACUAUUUUCAGAAUGAGGGUGUUGACUUCAAUUUGAUUAGUGAUGCGGACUUGAGUAUGCUUAGUAAUGAUCUAGUAAAUGGGAAUCCGCUGUACCAUGAAUGUUCUCCUUUGAAGCUAUCAGCUAUUGUCGUGAGUUUGUUGGGAAUGACAAUGGUUUUAUCAGAAAGCUUAUCACUUCCAUUGGAGUCUCGUUGUAGUUGAAGGGA